AUGGCGGUUGCAGUAGAGGCUAUAAAUCAGAGACCGCGCGGGUCUAUUCCGCGCCCAGUUGCAGGGGAUAAUAUUGAUGUAUUCGAGAGAUUCCAGAAGAUGAGACCCCCGACCUUCUAUGGGACGACUGAUCCCAUAGUAGCUGAGCACUGGCUAAAAAGUAUGCUAAAGUUGAUGGAGCCUUUAGAAUGUACGAAUGCUCAGAAGAGGUUCCAGACUAAGUUCAAUGAGAAAUAUUUUCCAGAGUCAUUCCGCGACGAAAAGGUGUCACAGUUCUUUAAGCUCGAGCAUGAAAAUCCGACGGUCAUGCAGUAUGAAGGGCGCUUUGCCAAAUUCUCUCGGUACGCGCUGACCAUAGUUAGUGAGGAGAAGGUUAGGCUGAGGAAGUUCAGAGAUGGAUUACUGCCAGGAAUAAGGUCAAAAUUGUGCUGCUUCAACUUUACCCGAUAUGCGCAAGUGGUGAACAAGGCCACCAGGGUGGAGAAGGACAUAGACCAAAUGAUGAAAACUCGGACUCCGUUCAGAGAUUCGAGUAACCGAGACAGGCCUGCACCCCUACCUACUAGCCUCGCUGUGGCUGAUAAGCGAGUUAAGACUUCUUCAUACCUAGGUAUACUGUAUGAGUAUUAUGGGAAGCCAGGGCAUGUUAUCAAGUUCUGCUUCAAGAGGGCACGGGAUGAGGGCAACAAGCCUAGGCCGCCAGCAACUCAGUUCCAUCCACUCAAUCAGUGGCUAUGCCACCUGUCACCAGUCGACCUUCGCUUCAAAGGCCCACUGCUUCGUUACAAACUAGAGCUACCGCGGUACGAGUGUUCUACCAUAUCUCUUGUUAGUUCAUCAAUAGCUAAAGAACUGAACUUAGAAUUGAACCGUUUGGAAAAACCCCUGGUCAUAGCCUUUCCAAUGGGAGGAUUUGUAGAAACUAGCCGAGAAGAGCACAAGGAACACUUGAGAAAUGUGUUGAAGACCCUCCAGGAGAGGCAGCUAUAUGCAAAAUUGUCAAAGUGUGACUUCUGGAAGGAGGAAGUGAAGUUUUUAGGUCAUGUGGUAAAGAAGGAAGGUAUCCCAGUUGACCCAGCCAAGGUCGAAGUAGUAGUGAAAUGGGAACGACCUGACACUGUCACUGAGGAGCUUAAGAAAAGACUCACCACGGCCCCCAUGCUUACACUUCUAGAAGAAGGGGCCAAGUACGUGGUCUAUAGUGACACAUUCCAGACAGGGCUAGGAUGUGUGCUUAUGCAAAAUGAGAAGGUGAUUGCUUAUGCUUCUAGGCAUUUGAAGAAACAUAAAGAAAAUUAUCCUACCCAUGAUUUAGAGCUCGCCGCAGUAGUCUUCACCUUGAAGAUUUGGACGCAUUCUUAUAUGGUGAGGAAUUUGAAUUAUUUUGUGAUCACAAGAGCCUAA